AUGAGUAGUGUUCGCAGUGGGAAGACCGCCGUGGGUCCGUCUGUGCAGCGGUUCAAAUGCACCCACGUGGACUGUGACGCGACUUUCCCCAGAGAGUGGAAGCUGAAGGAGCACGAGACGGUGCACACUGGAGCGCGUCCUUGUGUGUGCACAUUUGCCGGCUGUGGUCGUCGUUUCACCAGAAAAUCCCACCUGCGUCGCCACAUACUGAAGCACCAAGGCGUCAAACAAUUCAAGUGUAAUUCUGCAGGCUGCACGAAGAGUUUCUUCAAUGCAGACCAACUAAAAAGACAUGUUGGUUAUGUCCACGGAGACAAAAAUAAGUACUUUAAGUGUAACCACCCCAUGUGCUCCUUAACCUUUAAAAAGCGCAGAAUGUAUAAACUGCAUUUAAAGGAACAUCAAGUACCUGUUAAGUUCAAGUGUUUGAAGGACGGAUGCGGAGCCACGUUUGACUCCCAUAUCGCCCGUAAAGCCCAUGAGAAGAAGCACACAGGUUACCGCUGUCCUCAUGCUAACUGCCAGGUACUUGAACACACCUGGGGAAAACUUCAGAAACACAUGGCCAAACACCCAGCCACGUUUACAUGCCAGACAUGUAAAAAGGUGUUCAAGAAGGCCAACGCACUUCGGAGACACAAACGGAUCCACGCUUCUCAUAAACCGGUACUGGUUUGUCCUAGACCCGACUGCCAGGCCUACUUCUCCACGACCUUUAACCUGCAGCACCACAUCCGCAAGGUGCACCUCCAGCUCUUCAAAUACAAAUGCUCCUUCCCUGACUGCCCACGCAUGUUUGCUAUGCGGGAGAGUAUGACCAGACACCUGCUUUGCCAUGAUCCAACCAUCAAGUCUCUAAAGAAACGACAGCGGCCCAAGAAGUCCUGGCAGAAGCGUCUGGACGGAUACCAUCAACCCCUGGUGGAGGAAAACCUGCGCCGCCUCUUCACCCUGCGCAUGCGCAUUUCCCGCCGCGCCAAGGUGGAAGCUGACCUCAAGGGUCUCUUCAAUGAGCGUAAGAUCCCCCACUACGUCGAUCCAGAGGUCAACCUACGCGGCCUCUUCGGGAUCAAACAACCUCGUCCUUUAGAGGAAAAAUCCGAGGUUGUGCCACUGAAAGCUUAA